CUCCCACAUCCCUCAUCAAUCCAAUUCACCCUCACUACCAAACAAACACCACCAUGGCCCUCCCCACCGCAGCCCUCACCCAGCUGCAAGCCACCUUCCCCGACAACCUCAUCACCCCCACCACCACCCCCUACCAAACCGCCCGAACCACCCCCUGGUCCCAAACCUGCUGGACCUCGGCAGCAGGGUACCUCCCCCUCAGCACGGUGAACGACCUCACCACCGCCCUUUCCAUCAUCCAGAAAACGGGCUCCAAAUUCGCCGUCCGCACCACCGGCCACAAUCCCAACGUGGGGUUCAGUAGUGCCGAUGAAACGGCCAUCGUGCUGGAUAUCCGUCAGUUGAAUUCCAUGGAAUUGAUGCCUGAUGGGAUUGCCCGUGUCGGGGCGGGAUGUACCUGGGGGGAGGUCUAUGCUUGGUUAGAAGGGCAGGGGUUGUCGGCCAUUGGGGGGAGAGAUCCUCAGGUGGGGUUGGGGGGGUUUCUUUUGGGGGGAGGUAUGGGCGCGUUACCUAACCUGUAUGGUCUUGGGGCCGAUAACGUGAAGAAUUUCGAAAUCCUCCUCGCCAACGGCACCCUCAUCAACGCCAACGCGCACGAUAACCCCGACCUGUACCGCGUGCUCAAAGGCGGGGGCUCGAACUUCGGUAUUGUAACCCGCUUCGACAUCCAAACCUACCCUCUCAUCCCCAUCCAAUACACCAUAACCCUAUACAAUCCGACCGACCACCUGGCAAUUAACCACGCCACGGCAACCAUCCAAGCCGCCAUGGAAACCGAUCCCAAGAUCGGGUUAUUCACCAACUUCAACCACGGUUUCGUAGCCGUAGGAUUACUCUACGGUGACCACACCAAGCAGCCGGAGAUAUGUACAGCGUUCAAAGGGCUGGAGAGUAUCAUGACCGCAGUACCACCCACAAAAGGAACGAUUCUCUCAUUAGCGACUGCGAUGGGUCACGUCCAGGAGGAGCGGAAACGAGCAAUCUCAACAAUCACCACAAAAGUCUCAGUGGAACUAUACGAAGACGUCUAUACCCUUUGGAAUGGCGUCCGCAGCACCCUCCCCGACGGCUGUAUCCUGCAUUAUACCAUCCAGCCGAUGAGUGCCGCGGGGGUACGCGCGGGGGAAGAGCGCGGGGGGAAUGUAUUGGGCUUGGAGGGGGUGGGGCAGGUUUGGUGGGUAUUCACCUGCGAAUGGCCAACCGGUAUCGAUGAUAGUAUUGCGCAAGCAGCAGUAGAGACGAUGUCAGCGAGGGUGGAAAUCCUCGCGAGGGAGAAGGAAUUGUUGCUGGAUUUCAAGUGUAUGACGUUUGCGACGGGGUCACAGAGGGUUCUUGGGGGGUAUGGGGCGGAGAAUGUGAAGAGGAUGCAGGAUGUGGCGGGGAAGUAUGAUCCGGAGGGCGUGUUUCAGAGGUUGCAGUUUGGGGGGUUUCUUUUGGGGAAUAGCGUGUGAGUUUAUUCUUGAAAGGUAUGGGAUGGGUACUUUGAGGUGUGAUACUUAGUUGGAGAUAUAAUAAGGGCAAGCAAUGGAC